AUGGUCGUCUGCAAUUUCUUCCUACAAGGCCGGUGCAGAUUCGGGGAACGCUGCAAAAAUGAGCAUCCGGGCCAAGCUACAAUGGGCACGUCUGGAAGCCGUUUUGGGGCUCUCGCUGGCGGAGGAGGUUUCGGAGGCCGCACGGGACCACAGGCUCAACAAGCGCAAAAUUACAGCGUAAAUGCGGAUGAUAUCAAAACCGACUUGACCGCUGGCAAAGGACGACCAGAAUGGAUUUUCUCAUGCUAUGGUCCUGGACGGAACGCUCCAAGGCAGCUCUUUGGAGGUCCCCAGCGCGAACAGAGUUUCGAAGAACUACGACUACGACAUUACGAAGCAGCAGCAACAGGAAACGCCGAGCAAGCGGUACAAGAAGCUCAGAUGCUCUAUGCAGAAUCAGUGAACCAGAUGGAAACCGCCCUACGUGAUAUCAGCGGAGCUAUCAAAUACGUCCUGGAUGGGGCCAACGAACAUCCGAACCGUAUCGAUAUUACAGAGGGAAAGACUGGUCCUAUUCCUGGUCCUGGUCCUGGUCCUUUCCCUCAGCCAUCAGCAAUUGGAACCUCGCCCUUUGGCCAGCCUUCCGGGUUUGGCCAGGCAGGCCAGGCAGCAUUUGGAAAACCGUCCGGGUUUGGUCAGCCUUCAGCAUUUGGGCAACCUUCUGCACCUGCGCAGCCCUCUAGUUUCGGGCAACCGAGCGCCCUGGGAACAGGUUCAGCAUUUGGACAGCCAUCAGGUCUGGGAGGAGGAUCUGCCUUUGGUAAGUCAGCGUUCGGACAGCCCAGCUUUGGCCAGCCAUCCACCAGUCAGCCGUCCGCUGUUCAACCGUCCUCAUUUGACCAGCCGGCAUUCGGGCAACCCUCGUUCGGUCAGCCGUCCGCACCGGGAGCAGGCCCGUUUGGGAAACCUACUACUGCAUCGCCGUUUGCACAGAUAUCGGGCCAGGCUCAACAAACAGGUGGUUUUGGUCAACCAUCCGGCCAGACUGCUUCUCCAUUCGCGCAAAUAGCUCAACAACAACAAUCAUCACAACCCGCUCCAACAGGGUUUGGCCAACCAUCCACAGCCGGUUUCGGUCAGCCCUCACAAACAGCGUCACCAGUUGGCCAACCAGCAGCCCCAUUCAGUCAGCCAACACAAAGCCCUUUUGGGGCCGUUGCUCAGCGACCUCAACAACCCACGCCCUCACCAUUCGGUCAGCCCGCCGGCGGCGGAUUUGGCCAACCUGCUGGUGCACCUACAGGAUUCGGACAACCAGCCCAAGCCCCAGUCCAGGCUCCAGUUCCAUCACAGCCAACAGGAGCAGGGCCACCACCAGUUAUCAAGGUCGACGACUCCAAAGAACUCAACCCCAUCCCCCCUCUAAACGGCCAGACCAUUCGAAAUUCUAUCACGCAGAAACCCACGACGUGGAAGGGUCAGCCUGUGAAAGAAAUCGACGAUGCACUAUGUUAUUUGCAUCCUCAGGAUCGGCAGACUUGGGUUCGUAUCUUCUUCCCCAAUGGGCCGCCGGAACAGGCUAGUCUUCGAGAUGCGCAAGGGAAACCGGAAGAGUAUACACCGGAGGUGACGGAGCAGUAUCAGUUCUUUUUGCAAAAUGGGUAUUUCAAGGAUGGCGUUAUUCCAAGUGUGCCGCCCAAGACGGAGUGGGUGAGCUUUGAUUUCUGA